AUGUUCCACCAGAUCCGAGUGAGACCAGCAGACACCCAUGCGCAAAGGUUUCUGUGGUUCGACAGCAAAUCCGAGAGGCAAGAGCCUAACGUCUAUGUUAUGGAAGCGCUUACUUUCGGAAUCAAUUGCGCACCCUGCAUUGCACACUUUAUUCGUGACAAAAAUGCAGAUCGAUUCUGCCAACAGUACCCUCAAGCAGCACAAGCCAUGAAGGACUACCACUACGUGGAUGAUUUUAUAUACAGCGGCGACAACUACGUGGAAGUCGGAAACAUCGCAACUCAAGUCAGAGACAUCCAUGCAGCAGGUGGUUUCCACAUACGCAAUUGGUCUUCGAACUCAAAGGAGGUCCUACGAAUACUAAAGAGCGAUUCGCUACUCCCCGAAGCUGUCGAAAUUACCGCAACAGAAAAGGUUCUCGGCUUAUAUUGGAUGCCGCACUCCGACGUAUUCACAUUCAUCUGCAAGUUCGCCAGGCUGAAGCGCAACGUUUUAGACAGUGACAAAACACCAACCAAACGCGAGCUCUUGCAAGUACUUAUGUCAAUGUACGACCCACUCGGCUUCAUCUCAUGCUUUACAAUAGAGCUGAAAAUCCUACUGCAAGAAUUCUGGAGAAGCGGCAUUGGUUGGGAUACUGGUUUGCCCGACGCAUUGUUACCCAAAUGGAUACGAUGGAAACGGAUCCUUACAACAAUCGCCGGAUUGACCAUCCCGAGAUGUUAUUUCAACAGCAGCGAUCAAAUCCAUGAUGUCCAGUUACACACGUUCGUUGACGCCAGCGAAUUGGCAUACGCAGCAGUCUGCUACCUUCGGAUACGCCAGGGGGAAAGAACCUACCUCAGCUUCGUGGCCUCCAAGGCGAAAGUGGCACCGUUGAGUCCACUAUCUAUACCAAGGAUGGAACUGCAGGCCGCAGUUAUCGGAGCAAAGCUGAGUAACCGAAUCCAACGCAAUCCAAGUUUGUCAAUUAACUCGAGUUGUUAUUGGUCCGACUCAAAGACUGUUCUCAAAUGGCUUCGUAUGGAUCCACGAAAGUUUCAGCAAUUCGUCAUGCACCGCGUGGGCGAAAUACUGGAAUUCACAAACGUUAGCCAAUGGAACUGGGUUCCAACCAACCUUAACCCUGCAGAUCUUGCUACUAAAACAAACAACGCCAAUAAAUAUAAAACUUGGCUACACGGUCCAGAAUAUUUGCUGCAGGAUCAACACGAGGGGCCAAAAUGCGAUGAUUUGGGGCCACCAAACAAUGCUGAAGUCAGGCAUAACAUACUCUUCAUCGACAAUUCGCCGAUGGAGCUAAAACUUAACGCGGAAUAUUUUUCCGACCGGCGCAGGCUAUAUCGAGCUUUAGCGCGCUUUAUUCUCUACAUUGAGAAACUGAAAGCGAAACAAAAGAAGGCAUCGCCACCUACAGAGGUGUCUUACGAGAUGAUUCAGCAGGCACGCACACUCCUACUGCGGCAUGCGCAGUCAUCUGAAUUCAACCCAGAAAUUCGCAACUUAACGAGAGAUGAAAACCAGCUCCUACGUACCCGAGGGCGAGCAGAAAACCUAAACGGCCAAAACCAAAUACUGCUCCCAUAUGGGCACCACAUUACUCGGCUCAUAGUGAACUGGUAUCAUCAGGAAAUGCACCACACAUCCCAUGAGACGUGUAUUAACAGGAUUCGAGGCAUGUUUUACAUACCACGCCUACGAGUCUUAUACAAAGGCAUGCGGAAGUCUUGCCAACGCUGUAAAAAUGAUAGCGCCAUGCCUGUUCCACCGCAAAUGGCUCCCCUGCCCAUCGCCAGGCUGGCUGCCUACCAACGUCCCUUCACUUACGUCGGUAUCGACUACUUCGGGCCCUUCUUGGUUGCUGUAGGACGGCGAAGCGAAAAAAGAUGGGGCGUUAUUUUCACCUGCCUAACCAUACGGGCAGUGCAUAUAGAACUGGCGUGCUCUUUGGACACUGCAUCGUGCAUAAUGUGCAUCCGAAACUUCAUCAAUCGGCGCGGGACCCCGAGAGAAAUUUACAGCGACAAUGGCACUAACUUCAAAGCUGCCGAAAAGAUUAUCUGUGACAAAGCGCAGACGAUCAACUUCAACGCCGUGCAACCGGCGUUCGAUGACAUCAAAUGGAAAUUUAAUCCACCAGCCGCUCCUCAUAUGGGGGGAGCAUGGGAGCGACUUGUUCGUUCCGUCAAGACUGUACUCUACGCAAUCUGCCCAGCGAGAAAAUUCACCAGCGAGGGCCUACAAAGCGCACUCUGGGAAGAUCAGCAAGCGGCUAUAAACCAGUCUUCGAAACCACACAUACCGUACAGCACAUGUGGCAAGCUGUACAAGAAUUCGCCGAUCAAUUCUGGCGACGAUGGGUACGCGAAUACGUUCCAGAUUUAG